GUGAUCCUCUGCGCCUGGCCUCUCUGGCCUGCAACGUGUCUUAGGGGCGGAGGCAACAGCCACGGAGUUGGCUGCGUGAGGGUGGGGGUUCUCAGUCUCUUCGCUCGUGCCCAUCUCCCUGUCGUCGCUCUAGGCGCCCCACGGGCCGGCCCAAGGACCUCAAUAUGUCGUACAACUACGUCGUAACGGCGCAGAAGCCUACCGCAGUGAACGGCUGUGUGACCGGACACUUUACUUCAGCGGAAGACUUGAACCUGUUGAUUGCUAAAAACACAAGAUUAGAGAUCUAUGUGGUCACCGCAGAAGGCCUACGGCCAGUCAAAGAGGUGGGGAUGUAUGGGAAGAUCGCAGUUAUGGAGCUCUUCAGACCCAAGGGGGAGAGUAAAGACCUGCUGUUCAUCUUGACUGCUAAGUACAAUGCCUGCAUCCUGGAGUAUAAGCAGAGUGGUGAAAGCAUUGAUAUCAUUACAAGGGCCCAUGGCAAUGUCCAGUGUUUCCCCUCUCAGGACCGUAUUGGUCGCCCCUCAGAGACUGGCAUCAUUGGCAUCAUUGACCCUGAGUGCCGUAUGAUUGGCCUCCGACUCUACGAUGGCCUUUUCAAGGUCAUUCCACUAGACCGAGACAAUAAAGAGCUCAAGGCCUUUAACAUCCGCCUAGAAGAAUUGCAUGUCAUCGAUGUCAAGUUCCUGUAUGGUUGUCAAGCGCCUACCAUUUGCUUUGUCUACCAGCCUCUUAAAGGUGACUUUGGCAGCCCCAAGACUGAUGAUCCUCAGGGGCGGCACGUGAAAACCUAUGAGGUGUCUCUUCGGGAGAAGGAGUUCAACAAGGGCCCUUGGAAGCAGGAGAAUGUAGAAGCCGAAGCUUCAAUGGUGAUCGCAGUCCCGGAGCCUUUUGGAGGUGCCAUCAUCAUUGGACAGGAGUCAAUUACCUAUCACAAUGGUGAUAAAUACCUGGCAAUCGCUCCUCCUAUCAUUAAGCAAAGCACUAUUGUGUGCCAUAACCGGGUGGAUCCUAAUGGCUCACGGUACCUUCUGGGAGAUAUGGAAGGACGGCUUUUCAUGCUGCUCUUAGAGAAGGAGGAGCAGAUGGAUGGCACCGUCACCCUCAAGGACCUUCGAGUGGAACUCCUUGGAGAGACCUCCAUUGCAGAGUGCCUAACAUAUCUUGAUAACGGUGUUGUGUUUGUCGGGUCUCGCCUGGGUGAUUCCCAGCUCGUAAAGCUCAAUGUCGACAGCAAUGAACAAGGCUCCUAUGUAGUGGCUAUGGAAACCUUUACCAACUUAGGACCCAUUGUGGAUAUGUGUGUGGUGGACCUGGAGAGGCAGGGACAGGGUCAGCUGGUCACUUGCUCUGGAGCUUUCAAGGAAGGUUCCUUGCGGAUCAUCCGGAACGGAAUUGGAAUCCAUGAGCAUGCCAGCAUUGACUUACCAGGCAUCAAAGGUUUAUGGCCACUGCGGUCUGACCCAAGUCGGGAGACUGAUGACACUUUGGUACUCUCUUUUGUGGGCCAGACAAGAGUUCUCAUGCUAAAUGGAGAGGAAGUGGAAGAAACAGAAUUGAUGGGCUUUGUGGACGAUCAGCAGACUUUCUUUUGCGGCAAUGUGGCUCAUCAGCAGCUUAUCCAGAUCACCUCAGCGUCUGUAAGGUUGGUCUCUCAAGAGCCCAAAGCUUUGGUCAGCGAGUGGAAGGAGCCCCAGGGCAAGAACAUCAGUGUGGCCUCCUGUAACAGCAGCCAGGUGGUAGUUGCUGUGGGAAGGGCACUAUACUAUCUUCAGAUCCAUCCUCAGGAGCUCCGGCAAAUCAGCCACACAGAGAUGGAACAUGAAGUGGCUUGCUUGGAUAUCACCCCACUAGGAGAGAGCAAUGGCCUGUCCCCACUUUGUGCCAUUGGUCUCUGGACAGAUAUUUCAGCUCGUAUCUUGAAGCUCCCAUCCUUUGAACUACUGCACAAGGAGAUGCUGGGUGGAGAGAUCAUCCCUCGAUCUAUCCUGAUGACCACUUUUGAGAGCAGCCACUACCUCCUUUGUGCCUUGGGAGAUGGGGCUCUCUUCUACUUUGGGCUCAACAUAGAGACAGGCUUACUGAGUGACCGUAAAAAGGUGACUUUGGGUACCCAGCCCACGGUGUUGAGGACAUUCCGUUCUCUUUCUACCACCAACGUCUUUGCUUGCUCAGACCGGCCCACUGUCAUCUAUAGCAGCAAUCAUAAGUUGGUCUUCUCCAAUGUUAACCUCAAGGAGGUGAACUAUAUGUGUCCUCUCAACUCAGAUGGCUAUCCUGACAGUCUGGCAUUGGCCAAUAACAGCACUCUCACCAUUGGCACCAUCGAUGAGAUCCAGAAACUCCAUAUUCGCACGGUUCCUCUCUAUGAAUCUCCCAGGAAGAUCUGUUAUCAGGAAGUGUCUCAGUGCUUUGGGGUCCUUUCCAGCCGCAUUGAAGUUCAAGAUACCAGUGGAGGCACUACUGCUUUGAGGCCCAGUGCUAGCACCCAGGCCCUGUCCAGCAGCGUCAGCUCCAGCAAGCUCUUCUCUAGUAGUACGGCUCCUCACGAGACCUCCUUUGGAGAAGAGGUGGAAGUGCACAACCUCCUCAUCAUUGACCAGCAUACUUUUGAAGUGCUUCAUGCCCAUCAGUUUCUACAAAAUGAGUAUGCCCUCAGCCUGGUCUCCUGCAAAUUGGGUAAAGACCCCAACACAUACUUCAUUGUGGGCACAGCCAUGGUAUAUCCUGAAGAGGCGGAGCCCAAACAGGGUCGUAUUGUGGUCUUCCAGUAUUCGGAUGGAAAACUACAGACUGUGGCCGAAAAGGAAGUAAAGGGGGCUGUGUACUCUAUGGUGGAGUUUAAUGGGAAGCUGCUUGCUAGCAUCAACAGCACGGUGCGGCUCUAUGAAUGGACCACAGAAAAGGAACUUCGCACUGAGUGCAAUCACUACAACAACAUCAUGGCCCUGUACCUGAAGACCAAGGGCGACUUCAUCCUGGUGGGCGACCUCAUGCGAUCAGUGCUACUGCUUGCCUACAAGCCUAUGGAAGGAAACUUUGAAGAGAUUGCCCGAGACUUUAAUCCCAACUGGAUGAGUGCAGUGGAGAUCUUGGAUGAUGACAAUUUUCUGGGAGCUGAGAAUGCCUUUAACUUGUUUGUGUGUCAGAAGGACAGUGCUGCCACCACUGAUGAGGAGCGGCAGCACCUACAGGAGGUUGGUCUCUUCCACCUGGGCGAGUUUGUCAAUGUGUUCUGCCAUGGCUCCCUAGUUAUGCAGAAUCUGGGCGAGACUUCUACCCCUACCCAGGGCUCGGUGCUCUUUGGCACAGUCAACGGCAUGAUAGGGCUGGUGACCUCACUGUCGGAGAGCUGGUACAACCUCCUGUUGGACAUGCAGAACCGACUCAAUAAGGUCAUCAAAAGUGUGGGCAAGAUUGAGCACUCCUUCUGGAGAUCCUUUCACACUGAGCGAAAGACAGAACCAGCCACAGGCUUCAUCGAUGGUGACCUGAUUGAAAGUUUCCUAGAUAUCAGCCGCCCCAAGAUGCAGGAGGUUGUGGCAAACUUGCAGUAUGAUGAUGGCAGUGGUAUGAAGCGGGAGGCAACUGCAGAUGACCUCAUCAAAGUCGUGGAGGAGCUAACUCGGAUCCAUUAGCCAAGGAACAGGAUUUCUUUUCCUGGCCCUCCCUAAAGGCGCUGCCCUCCUGUCCUCCCCUCCUUUUCCCACCCUUGUUUUCUUGGCAUGGGAGGCUUUUCCCUAAGCCACCUGCCCCUAGAACCACAGAUGACCUGUGUGGAAACAGGGCUUUUUAUAACUAAAACCAGUUCACUAGAGACCUAGGAAUGGGCUGAAAGUGGAAUAUUUUCUCCCUGGAUUUUUACCAGCCAUCACCUUGGACCACCAAGCCUUGAAUGGUGUUGCCAGUUGGCUCCUCCUGGGGAGGACUUUUGUCACUCUUCGGCCAAGAAGCAGCUCUGUGCACCUGUGUGUGGUGUCUCACACUCAUGCUCUGUCCUCUGCUGUCUUAUGUAGGUUGUGGGUGUGGGGAGGUCGAGGUAGGGAAGAGGGUCGGGAGGGUUCAUUGUCUUGAGGGCUUCCUUUGCUUUCUUCUCUUGCCUCUGAGAACAUCAGCCUGGAGGUCUGUCAGGCCGUGGGCUGCCUGAGUGGAAACCUUGGAUGGUGGAUAAUUCCCAAGCCACAGCCCUUCUGUCUCGGGGAACUCCCUUCUUCACAGAGAAGGAGGUGGGGGCUGUGAAUUGGUUGUUAGUUUCUGAAUUUUACCAAAUAAAGUAGAAUCUAAGAAGAAA